GCUUUGCCUAGAUUUUAUUUACAAUCCCAAGCUGAACGGUCAUAUUAUUGUUUUCGGACCAAAAAUUUAACAUAAAAAAUGCAUUUAAACAAAUAUAGUGAACUGCUGGAGCGACUUGAGAGCGAGGAGUUUGAGCAAGUCGAAUUGGGAGCUGAAGUCUACCAGCAAUUACUGGCGAUUUAUCUUUAUCAAAACAAACUGGCCAAUGCCAAAUUGCUGUGGAUGCGAAUUCCGGCUAAAUUAAAAGAAGACAAAGAACUGGUCCAACUGAACUUGCUUAAUCAGGCACUGCAGAACAAUAACUAUGCCGAUUUCUUCAAACACAUCAAGUACGAGUGGUCAGAGAGGGUAAAGUCACCUGUUGAAGAUCUCUUAAUCAAACAACGCGGGGAGCUGUUUAGACUGAUGGGCAGCGCCUAUGUGUCCAUAUACCAACAUAAUCUAAUGGAAUUGUCCCUGAUGUCGGAGGAAGAACUAAAGAAAGCCUAUGUGGUCCUUAAUUGGACUGAGGAACUGGACGGCGAGCGGGUGAUCCUUAAGCCCAAGGUUCAGGAAUCAACGCCCAGUCGCGCCAACGAUGAUCAGUUGCUCAAGCUGACAGAGUUUGUAACCUUCCUAGAGAAUUAAGCUCCAAUAAAAUUGAUUUAAUUUA